AGGCGCAGAGGCCCCGGCGAGGGGGCGGGGUCGGGGCCGGGGCGAGAGCCAGAGGUGCGGGGCUCCGUCUCCUGAGGCGGCGGUAGCGGCUCCUGGACGCUCCUUCCCAUUUCCUUUCCUUUCCCCCGUCUUCUCAGUGUGAUUUUCUUGGCUCCACUUCCGGCAAAGAUCAACUUUGUCUCCGUAUCAACAAACUCUUCAUCUAAGAUUGGUUCCUGUGUGUCCUAUGUUUACAAGUCAGUGGGAAUUAAGAACAGCACAUACAAGCUGAAAAGUCAAAUAAGGAAAUGAAUUACUUCUCUUGACAGUUCCAAUUUUACUUGGCUAAAGCCAAUUUUUAGGUCGGCUUGGGCAGAAAAGAGAAAAGAGAAUGCUUCACUUUAAACGCUGUCAGCAUCUGAAACAGAUAACGCAGAAGUGUUUUUCUAGUGUACAUGUUAAAACGGAUAAACAAGCACAGCUGUUUCUUUCGAGAACCUUUGCACUUGCAGAAUUAAGGAAGUCAUGGCAUUCCACUCACUCUUUUAUUGGAGACAAAAAUAUUAUCCUGAUGGGACCUCCUGGUGCUGGGAAAACAACAGUAGGCAGAAUAAUAGGUCAGAAACUAGGUUGUUGUGUCAUAGAUGUGGAUGAUGAUAUCCUUGAAAAAACCUGGAAUAUGAGUGUGUCUGAAAAAUUACAGGAUGUUGGUAAUGAGCAAUUUUUAGAAGAGGAAGGAAAAGCUGUGUUAAACUUCUCUGCAUCUGGAAGUGUGAUUUCCCUUACUGGGUCCAAUCCAAUGCAUGAUGCUAGCAUGUGGCAUCUGAAGAAAAAUGGAAUAGUUGUGUACCUGGAUGUACCUCUAAUAGAUAUACUUAGUCGUCUAAAAUUAAUGAAGAUAGAUAGGAUCGUAGGUCAGAAUUCUGGAACAUCUGUGAAAGACUUACUUAAAUUUAGGAAACAAUAUUACAAGAAGUGGUAUGACGCUCGUGUUUUCUGUGAAAGUGGGGCUUCCCCAGAGGAGGUAGCUGAGAAAGUGCUAACUGCAGUUAAAAGAUACCAAGACGUGGACUCAGAAACAUUCAUUUCAACGAGACACAUUUGCCCUAAAGACUACGAACAGAAGGUUUCUGCAAAAUUCUUCAGUGAAGCUGUGAUUGAGGGUUUAGCUUCUGAUGGUGGACUCUUUGUUCCUGAGAAGGAGUUUCCAAAAUUAAGCUGUGGGGAAUGGAAGAGCUUAGUCGGAGCAACCUACAUAGAAAGAGCACAGAUACUGUUGGAAAGGUGUAUACAUCCUGCAGACAUCCCUGCUGCCAGACUGGGAGAAAUGAUUGAACGUGCUUAUGGGGAAAACUUCACCUGCUCAAAAAUCGCCCCUGUCAGGCACCUUUCAGGCAACCAGUUCAUCCUGGAGUUGUUUCAUGGACCAACAGGAUCAUUUAAAGAUUUGUCUUUACAGCUUAUGCCUCAUUUUUUUGCACAUUGUAUUCCACCAAAUUGCAAUUACAUGAUACUUGUAGCUACUUCAGGAGACACAGGAAGUGCAGUCUUAAAUGGUUUUAGUCAUCUUAAUAAGAAUGACAAGCAAAGAAUAUCUGUGGUCACAUUUUUUCCUGAGAAUGGAGUAAGCGAUUUUCAAAAAGCACAAAUAAUUGGCUGUCAGAGAGAAAAUGGAUGGGCAGUGGGUGUCACAUCAGAUUUUGAUUUUUGCCAGACAGCUCUAAAAAGAAUUUUUGAGGAUUCUGACUUUACUGGCUUUCUUAUUAUGGAAUAUGGAACACUCUUAAGUUCAGCUAAUUCCAUAAACUGGGGCCGCCUGCUUCCCCAGAUAGUUUACCAUGCUUCCGCAUAUCUUGAUCUUGUUAGCCAAGGAUUUAUUUCUUUUGGAAGUCCAGUUGAUGUCUGUAUUCCCACAGGAAACUUUGGUAACAUAUUAGCAGCAGUGUAUGCCAAAAUGAUGGGAAUCCCUAUUCGAAAGUUUAUCUGUGCCUCUAAUCAGAACCAUGUUUUGACUGAUUUUAUAAAAACAGGACAUUACGAUCUGAGGGAAAGAAAAUUAGCACAAACCUUUUCACCAUCAAUAGACAUUCUCAAAUCUUCAAACCUAGAACGACACUUAUACUUAAUGUCUAAUAAAGAUGGACAACUAAUGACAAAAUUAUUUAAUCAGUUAGAAAAUCAGCGUCACUUCCAGAUAGAAAAGAUUCUAGUUGAGAAACUUCAGGAGGAUUUUGUAGCUGACUGGUGCUCGGAGGGAGAGUGCCUCACGGCUAUUAACUCCACCUACAAUACUUCAGGGUACAUUUUGGAUCCGCACACUGCCGUUGCAAAAGUGGUUGCCGACAGAAUGCAAGACAAAACUUGCCCAGUGAUCAUCUCCUCUACAGCUCAUUACUCCAAGUUUGCACCUGCUAUCAUGCAGGCUCUAAAGAUUAAAGAAAUCAACCAGACUUCAUCAAGUCAGCUUUAUUUACUGGGUUCAUACAAUGCGUUACCUCCACCGCAUGAAGCUUUAUUAGAGAGAACGAAACAGCAAGAGCAGAUGGAGUACCAGGUCUGUGCUGCUGAUGUGAAUGUCCUGAAGGGUCAUGUGGAAAAACUAAUCCAAAAAUCAAUUCACCUGAAAGUUUCCUGAGUAAAAUAUUUUUCUACGGUGAUAAGCAUGUAAUAAUAAAUCUGAAAAGUUGAUUUGGA